AAUUAAUCGUAAUUGAGCACGCACGUUUUCGGAUGCCGAUUAUUUCUUAUAAUUUACCGUAAAAUAUAAUAAACAAAUUGUAAUGGGGAAGAAAAAUAAAGAUUCUUUAGGACGUGCUCUUAUUAAAGACCGAUUUUCAAAGAAUCGUCACCGAAAACAUGUGGAGGACAAUACCAUGCUUCAUACAACAGAAGUCAAUGAUGGCUAUGAUUGGGGUCGUCUCAACCUGCAAUCUGUCACAGCCGAGUCCUCUCUGCAAGAGUUUCUUUCUACUGCUGAGUUGGCACAGAGAGAGUUUACUGCGGAGAAACUCAACUUGAAAUAUGUGAAUACUCUUCCAAGUGAAGUGGAAAUGGCGACUUCACAACCAAACUUUGACCAGCCUCUUACUGUACCAAGGAGACCUCCAUGGCACCCAGGUAUAUCGGCAGAAGAUCAGCUCAAUCGUGAACGUGAAGUUUUUCUUGAAUGGCGCCGUCACUUGAACGAGCUGCAAGCCUCGCUCGGAGCAGCUGUCACUCCUUACGAAAGGAACUUGGAGCUUUGGAAGCAGUUAUGGAGGACCUUGGAGAAGUCGGAUGUAGUUUUACUCCUUUUGGAUGCUAGGAAUCCUUUGUUGUUCAGAUGUGCUGACUUAGAGAAAUAUGCUCAGGAACAGAAGUGCAAAUGUAUUCUAUUAUUGAACAAGGCAGAUUUAACUACUGAAUAUGAAAGGAAAUGUUGGGCUGAAUACUUCACUAAAGAAAACGUCUCAAUAAUAUUCUUCUCGGCGGCUAAAGAAACAAAUGAACGUAAAAUAUCUGAAGUAAGCGAGGAAUCAAUACCUGAAGAAACAGAUUCAGAAACAGAUUCCGCAAUAUCAGACACAGAAGAUCAUAACUUAGAUGAAGAUACCAUUGAAAAAGAGGCUUUGAAACACACUGAAGAAGAUAUAGAAUUGUUUAAAAAGCAAUUAGGGGAUCUUGACAAGGCUGUGAAUGUUACUGCGGAUAGAAUAGAUAGGAUACAAGAAAUACUUGACAGGGUUGUUGAAAAUUUAAGACUAGGCCAACCUAUAGAAGAUUAUCCUGCUAAAGAAAACACAGAAAAUAAUGAAAGUACACAAAUAGAAGAAAAUGAGUCAAAAGUUAAUAAUUCACAUGAAAUAUUUGAUAGGGAGAAACUUCUACAAGUUCUGAAGAGUCAGAAAGUAGAUAGGUUAAAGAAUCCUCCUAGACUGAGUGUUGGUAUGAUUGGGUAUCCUAAUGUCGGCAAGUCUAGCUCUGUCAAUGUUCUAAUGCAGACUAAAAAGGUCAGUGUAAGUUCAAUGCCCGGACACACAAGACACAUACAGUCGUUAAUAUUAGACGACGAUAUCGAACUACUGGACUGCCCCGGUCUUGUGUUGCCAGCGUACGCCGUCGCCCCAGACCUAUUACUGACGGCAGUGUUGCCAAUUGAUCAAAUGCGUGCCCACGACGCAGCAAUGGCGCGUCUCUGCCAGUUGGUCAGCAAACACACGUUCGCCGAGAAGUACGGUCUCCUGUUACCUGACGAUGAUACAAAGGAACCGGAUUAUAAGCAGAUACUUACUGCCCAUGCGUUCAAUAGAGGCUUCAUGACGGCAGCGGGUCAGCCAGACCAGUCCCGUUCAGCGCGUAUAAUGCUAAAGGAAGCGGCCAGCGGACGGCUACGUUGGGCGCAAUUACCGCCUGGCUGUGAACCUCAACCACUCGACGAAAUGCUACAGGAGAGGAAGAAAAAUGAAAAGAGGAAACCUACUCCUCGUGAGGCGAGGAUGGUUGAGGGCUGGCUGAACAAAUCCAACGAGAUUGACAAAGCUUUCUUCGCGAUGCAGAAAAGCGCUGCCCACGUUAAAGGCAAACCAGUAUUCGGCAUUGCCGGGGCGCAAUCCGCGGACACUCAACUGAGCAAACCCUGGAAGCAAGAGAAGAAACACGCGAAUAAAAAUAAAAGAGAAAAGUUGAGGCGAAAAUAUGCUCACUUAGAUGAGCACUGAUGUAAGAAUGAGACGCAGAUAUGCGAUUUUUCCGUGAGAGGGAGAGAGAUGGCGGUAUAUUUAUUAGCAUUUUGUGGACAAAGUCUCACUUUAUCUGUAUUUCUGACUGUUCCAUUUUUAAAUAUAACAUAAAAAAU